AGAAACAGAACAAUGAGAAGAAUGAAAAGAAACAGAAGCGAUAUGAAAUAAAUACUUAAAAAUAAUUAGGUUUCCAGUCAAAUAAGCUUCAGUAAUGGCAAACACAAGUCUGGCAUAUGUUCCACCUGAAGAUAAUUAGCUUUGAAUGUCCGGAGACACAAAUCAAUCUGUGUGUGUGUGUGUGUGUGUGUGUGUGUGUGUGUGUGUGUGUGUGUGUGUGUGUGUGUGUGUGUGUGUGUGUGUGUGUGUGUGUGUGUGUGUAGGUGUGUGUGUGUGUGCGUGCAUCAUCAGUCAUCAGCUUUUUUUACACCUUAACAGCGAAUGUAUUGGUAAAAAAAGACGGCCAGCCUUAUGCAAAUAGAUCCAAGACAAACACUACAGUCAGAGACACAGAAUGCAGCAUUUACACCAAAGCUCUGUGCUUCCCUCCUGUCGGACUCUGCUUUUCCAGAGCGAUGGAUCAAGCUUUCGCCUGCAUCCUUCUCCUUUUGAGCCUGCGCGCAGCUUUAGGGAAGUAUGUCUAUAUUACAAAUGGAAGAACCUGGACAGAUGCUCAGGCGUACUGUGAGGAUUUGUACACAGACCUGGCUCCUGUCAGUGAUCAAGAAGACACUGACGAGCUCCGGCUGCUUUCUGGUAACACCACCGCCUUCAUCUGGAUAGGACUGGAAAGAAGCUCCACAAACACAGACACGUGGAUGUGGUCGGGAGGUGGGGAAGUGUCCAAGUUCUUCUGGGCACCGGGGCGGCCCUAUGGCCAGCAAGGCAGCAAUGUGGGUUUGUUCCACAACAACCUGUGGUAUGAUGCAACUGCAAACCAGGCUUUGCCGUUUUUCUGCUACAGUGUAGUGGUUGUUGAAGAGAUGCUGACAUGGGAGGAAGCUUUGCAGUACUGCAGGGAGAACCACCAAAGCCUGGCCAGCGUGGCCUCAGAGACAGAGAUGCUACUCAUCCAGAAGGAGUUGACCAAAAUAGUCACUACAGAUCAUAUCUGGAUGGGUCUGCGCUUCUUACCCAACCACUGGCUAUGGGUAGAUGGGAAGCCACUCAGCUAUGAGGCCUGGGGAGAAGGUGGAAAGCCUACGUGUCCUGAUGUCAAACUGAAGUGCGGGGCCUUAAACGUAACGCAAGAGGCGCAGAGCAGCAGCGGAAGCUCUGCUAUCGUCCAGGUGGGCGAUUUGGUGGCAGUCAGGCAUAGUUAUCAGGGUAACGUUGAGGCCGAUACUGUGUUGAGCACAACUACUAGCAGUAAUGAAGCAGCAAAUGCAAUACAGAUGGUAUGGGAGGCUUAUGACUGUGAUGAAAAACUCAAUUUUGUUUGCUACUGAGACCUGACGUGCUGUGAUAUAUUUGCAGUACUGUUGUUCUAUUUUUGUGAAGUGCUGUAGUUUGCUUGGUUUGUGAAGGUUUCUUAGUGUUACUGUUAUUUAUUUGGCGCAAACUUGUGUGAUUCAUAAAUUUAAUACCUUGUAUGCCUAAAAGUUAGAUUUAGCAAAUGAGUGUCAAUAUAAAUAAAUAAAUAAAUAUAAAAAAGAAUACUGUUAUACUGUUUUUUUUCUUUGGCUUUACUAAUGAAGUCAUUUCA